CCGUUUUAUAAAGAGGGAAAUUUAAAAUUAGUGGCGCUCUUCUAUGACGUGGGAGGAGUGAAACAGCACCAACAAUGUUUAGAUUUGGGAAGGGCAAGACGCCUCGCAGGCACGGGCUGAAAAAGACAUCCCAUGCAGACAAAGAUCCUGUUGGCGUAUACUGCCGUAUACGCCCACUUGGAGGAGAGAAUGAGGAAUGUUGUAUUGAAAUGAUCAGCAACACUACUAUUCAGUUGCAUGCUCCUGAUGGUCUUAAAGCCAACCGCAAUGGAGAAUAUAAAGAGACGCAGUACUCCUUUAAAAAAGUGUUUGGUAUUAAUACUACUCAAAGGGAGCUGUUUGAGGAUGUCGCCAAGCCGUUAGUAGAGGACCUCAUUCAAUGUAAAAAUGGUUUGCUGUUUACAUACGGUGUAACAGGAAGUGGCAAGACCUUCACCAUGACUGGCUCACCUGGAGAAGGUGGACUCCUCCCACGUUCCCUCGACAUACUCUUCAACAGUAUCGGCCCCUUUCAGGCUAAAAGAUUUGUUUUCAAGCCAGAUGAAAAAAAUGGAAUAGACAUCCAGAAUGAUGUGGAUGCUCUUCUGGAAAGACAGAAGCGAGAUUCUCAACCCUAUGUGCCAAAAACGCCUUCUUCUAGACAGAAAGCUGACCCAGAAUUUGCUGACAUGAUCAGUCCAGAAGAGGCUUGCAAAGCUGACAAUGUGGAUGACGACUGCUGUUACAGCAUCUUUGUGUCUUACAUUGAGAUCUAUAAUAACUACAUCUAUGAUCUUCUCGAAGAUAUCCCAUUUGACCCAAUAAGGCCAAAAACACCUCAAUCCAAGAUACUGCGUGAAGAUCAGAAUCAUAACAUGUACAUAGCUGGCUGCACAGAAGUGGAAGUCAAGUCUACAGAGGAGGCAUUUGAAGUAUUUUGGAGGGGACAAAAGAAAAGAAGGAUUGCAAACACUCAAUUGAACCGCGAAUCCAGUCGUUCCCACAGUGUCUUCACUUUAAAGCUUGUUCAGGCACCUCUAGAUGCUGAUGGAGAUCACAUUAUGCAGGACAAAAACCAAGUAAACGUGAGCCAGCUGUGUUUGGUUGACCUGGCAGGUAGUGAGCGCAACAGCAGAACGAGAGCCGAGGGGACCCGUCUGCGUGAAGCAGGUAAUAUAAACCAGUCUUUAAUGACUUUGCGCACAUGUAUGGAAGUCCUACGAGAGAACCAAAUGUGUGGCACAAAUAAGAUGGUGCCAUACAGGGACUCUAAAGUGACUCAUCUGUUUAAGAACUACUUUGAUGGGGAAGGAAAGGUUAAGAUGAUAGUGUGUGUCAACCCAAAGGCUGAUGAUUAUGAGGAAACUAUGCUUGUAAUGCGGUUUGCAGAGAUGACACAGGAAGUGGAAGUUGCACGGCCAGUUGACAGGCCCAUAUGUGGUCUUGCUGCAGGACGGAGGCAAAGAAACCAAGUGUUCAAGGAUGACCAAGCAGGUCGUAAUAAUGCUGAUGACCAAGUUCUGCUGAAUCAAUUUAUUGAGAGCCUUCCACCUCUGCCUCCUUGUGACUUGAUCGAUCCGUCAGAUGAUCAGACGCUGCCACGCCUGAUUGAGGUUCUGAAGAGAAGGCAUCAUAUCCACCAGCUGAAAACCGAUCAACUCAACAAAACUGCCAAUACACUGAGGUCAAUGCUACAGCAAUUUGAUAGUCAGUGUGGCGCAAAGGAGAAUUUCAUCCAUGACCAGCGAAGUAAACUUUGCGAAAAGGAUAAAGUUAUCUUCAGUCAAAAGAUGGAGCUUGAAAGACUGGAAAAAAAAUCCAAAACCCUGGAAUACAAGAUUGACAUCCUGCAGAAGACGACUGACAUGUAUGAGCAUGAUAAACGCUCACUGGAGCAGGAACUGGAGACCCGAGCACAAAGGCUCCAGAGGGAACAGUCUGAGCGGAGACGUAUGGAGCAGCAAAUGCAGGGCAUGGUCACCGACACCAAAUUCAAGUGGGAGAAAGAAUGUAAGAGACGAGUGAAUGCCAAGCAGCUGGAGAUGCAAAACAAGUUGUGGGUACAAGAUGAAAAGCUAAAGCAGCUCCAAGCCAUUGUAGCUGAGAGCAGCAGUGGCUCAGAGCCUCCAGAAAAACCACAAAGAACCUCACGGGAUAGAGAUCGCAACCCUGGCCAGAAGAGAUCCUCAUCGCCGUCACCUCAACCGGACUUCAGACAAACUCCUUCCCAUCAAAGUCAAGGCAGGAUUAGUGCAGUUCAGGACACUUCGCCCGCCUCCUCUUCAUCGUAUCCGUCCGUAGCCUCCUCCAUCUCUGAGUGGGAGCAGAAGUGCCCUGUAGACGCAGGCGCUCAAAUUAGACAAGUGGAUACCCCACGGUAUAGGAGCCGGACUCCCGCCCCAUGCCAUGGCGCCAGCAGCGUGGGUCGCAGGAGAGGCCAACUCUGGGCCGCAGACACUGAAACCAGUCUCGUCAAUGAACUAAACCUAGAGGCAGGAAUAAGGGUGACUCGGGAAAUUAAUCCAGUGCACAGACGAUCACACUCCGCUGGUGGGGAGAAAUGGGUAGACCACAAACCACCCACUAAUGUUGAUCUAGACACUGUCAUGCAGCCAAUCAUACCCAAUGCAAUCCAAGUGUCCACUCCAAGCGGAAAAGCUCUGUCUAAAUGCCACAAGUACGUGCUUAGACAUCAAGAGCUUGCUUCCAAUGGGGAGAUUGCGACCAAGUUGAUCAAGGGGAAUGUUUUUAAAACCAGAGGCGGCGGUCAGGCGGUGGAGUUUACUGAUGUUGAGACACUGAGACAGGAGUGCCCAACUAGACCAAGUCGCAAGAGGAGAUCUGACUCUUCAGAGACACAAGAUGAAGAUGAACAAGAAAACCGGGCUCCUGUUGCAAGCACAAGUAGGGCCUUUGUGUAUCAAAAACGCAGGAAGCCUUGAUGUUUUUUUUUUUGUUUUUUUUCUGACAUAGCACAUGGCACCCUGCCUGUUUGCUUACUGAAGCUAGAAGGAUUUAUGCAAUUUUUUUAAUUAUCUAUGAUCAUGUCAUUUUAGAUUGCCACUUUAGGGCAUUGAGCACAAAAAAUACCAUGAUCAAACAACAGACUUACACUUUGCUGGCACGGGUUCCUUUUUCUCUUCUUUUUGAGAACCCCAAAUGUUAUAAUGUUACUCUAGAAGGCUUCAACAAAUGACCUCAACCUUUCACUGCCACCCAAAUUGAUAGUACAGCAUUAGAAAAUAUAUACUUUUUGAAUGUAAAGUGCAUUGGUGCACUUUUUGCACCACUGCUUAGUAAACUGCUCAUAAAAAAGCAACUGUAAAUAUGAAGCUGUUAUGUUUUGUUGAAAUCAAUGUGCCGUAAAACACGUUAUAACCCAACUUUUUUUUUGGUGGCAUUAAAUUUAUUCAUACAAAGUGCA